UCCAGCAUUUGGUUGUUUGUUAGCUUACAACAUUUUUUUUAUCUCUCUUUUGAAAGAUUCUGAGCACUUUUUAAUCAAGGAAACUGCCCUCAUGGAAUGGUCUGCAACUUCUGCUACGAAAGCUUAUCUUGAUACCCUGAAACUGUGUGGCAAUCACAAGAGGCGAUAUGACUCGUGGAUGACGAAAGAACCAGGAAGCAAUGAAUUCAUAUCAGCCUUAGCAGCAGGAAUGAAAGCAAAACUUAUUGUGGAGGUGGCAUAUGGUGUCUCACCAUCCACUGUAGCCUUAGCAGCCGCUGCCCGACAAACUGGUGGCAGGCUUGUCUGCAUUCUUCCAGAACCUGUUCCUGCUGAAUCAAAGAAAGUGAUCAAAGAUUCGGGGUUAAAGGACAUUGUAGAUUUCAAAACGGGUGACCCCUCCAAGUUAUUGCCAAAUUACGAAAAGAUUGAUUUCUCUCUUGUUGAUUGUAAAAAUGAUGAAUACACAGGGUUGCUGAAGUUGAUAGAUGUGAAUCCAAGAAGAUCAGUGGUGGUGGCGAAUAACCUGGUGGGUGAAAAGAAAGGGCUGGGAGGCCAUGUUAGGUGUCUUAACGAUGAGGUUGUAGUAAGGUCCAUGAAGCAUCCCAUAGGGAAAGGCAUGGAGGUUACUAUGAUCGGAAAGUCCAAUGAUAUCGACAAGAGAGAUUGGGGUAGUAGAGGAUCCUCUUCUCCACCCAAAAUAAGGGAGAAUGCAAUGAAGAAAACUAUCAGCAGCAAUUGGAUUGUCAAAGUUGAUGAGAAGAGUGGCGAGGAACACAUCUACAGGGUGCCUAAUUUCAUUUAGGCCUUUCUCAGCAGAGGCACUCAACAUUGUUCUCCCAUGCCUCUUGCCGCAUCCAGAGAAUAUGAGGUCUCAGUAUGGGAAGUUUGUAACGCAACCGAUGUCAAGAGUCAUGAUCAGGAAUCAUUCUCACCCCAUUGAACCGUGGUCGACAACGACAAUUCUUCAAAAGCUCUUGAACCCCCUGGUGAUUCUAGUGACCAAUAGGAGAAAUGUGCUGUUGUCUAGCAGGAACAGAAGUGCUCUAAUCUAAUUCAGCUACAAGUAUGUACGCUAGUUCAUUCUGAAUGGUAUAAUCUGUCAGUGGAUCAACCUGAGGCUUAGUAGAAAGUGGCUGGGUAAGAGUCUGUCACAUUUGUCGCCUCUUUCUGGUUUAAAUUCCCAAGUAAAUAGACUAACUUUGAUACAAGUCAGGUUUGCAGCUAUGUAGCCCUCUCCUGGUGCAAAGUUAGGGCAUAUGGAUGUUUUCUGUGAGAAAAUCUUUGUGUAACUAAUGUUAUAAUGAUGAAGGAAGGCAUUUGUGAUUA